AUGUCCGAUGUCAGCCCUGUCGCAGAGCUGCUUGGACAGGCGCUCUACCAUUACGAACGAUUGAGACCACUUUUUCCCACCUAUGGACACCUUAUCGUUUCCGCUCUUUUCCCAAUCUGGAUCGGUUCCCAUGCAUCGUUGACCAGACCUUCGUCCGCCGCCAAACCCCCCAAGAAAGACACGAAUGAAGUUGAAGACACAGAAGAUGAAGUGGGACCGGGUCCGCUGCAGAAGAUGGAAGGACUUGGACCAUCUGAUGCUCUGAUGCUUCCAGUGACCGCUGGGCUCACCCUGAGUGGUUUAUAUCUGGUGAUCAAAUGGUUGGAAGACCCGGCUAUCUUGAACAAGGUCCUCAGCUUCUACUUCUCCCAAAUGGGGCUUUUCUUCGCCUUCACCUUUUUGAAGGAUGUCCUCUUGAUGAUUCGGUCGUUUGUGUUCCCUCGGCGCUAUCGCCAAGGUGGACAGUUAUGGAAGGUGGCACAGUCAGAGCGCAAGUUCAUCGCAUCUGGCAGUACUUCAGUCAAGUCACCGUCUGUCCGGUAUUCACCACUUGCUGGAAUCUGGGGCUUGAUCCCACUUCCAGGUAUGGUAGCCACGCUGAUUUGGAAAUGCCGAAAUGCCUCCUACCAGCGACUCCAGGUACGGGCUCAGGUACGAGGUUUAUUCAACUUCAAAUGCCCUAUCGGUCUCAUUGAUGUCCUGAGCGCGUUACUUGCAUUAUCAGCUGUGGGAUAUUUUGCCUUUGUCGCAAAGCUGUGGUGGUUGACCAAUUUCCUCGGAUUCUGCUUCUGCUAUGGUACUCUCCAAGUCAUGUCACCGUCCACCUUUUGGACAGGCACCCUCAUUUUGGGUGCUUUGUUUUUCUAUGACAUCUACUUCGUCUUUUUCACUCCGUUGAUGGUCACUGUUGCGACAAAGCUGGAUGUACCAAUCAAGCUGCUUUUCCCCCGCCCACCAAAUGCCAACGACGAUCCUAGUACCACACAGCUGGCCAUGCUUGGACUGGGCGAUAUUGUGGUACCAGGAAUGGUGAUGGGACUGGCACUUCGCUUCGACCUUUUUCUCUACUAUCAACGGAAAGGCGCCCAAAAGGCACAGACUGAAGGGUCAGACCUGGCAGCCGUCAAGCCUGAGUAUCAAUCACCAACUGGAGCUUGGGGAGAGCGGUUCUGGGCUCCGUCACCCAAACCAGAGAACCCAGAAUUCCAACCUCCUUAUUACGAUGCUCGCACGUUCCCCAAGACAUACUUCAAGGCCAGUGUGGUUGGCUAUGUUUCCGGAAUGGUCACGACUCUCCUCGCGAUGCAAUACUCAAACCACGCGCAGCCUGCUCUGCUUUACCUGGUUCCAGGCGUCUUGACCUCGCUCUGGGGCACCGCGCUCGUCCGGGGUGAAAUCAACACUAUGUGGCACUUCUCCGAUGAAGAAGAAGUGGAAGUCGACGAGGAAAAGAAGGAAGAGGCUAAAGAGGAGUCCUCUACAAAAAGCCAGAAGAGUCUGUUUAUGCGUCUUUUCUCUGGUGAAAUCGAUGCUCCUGCAUCAAAAGACGGCAGCUCACAGUCUAAGAAGACUGACAAGAAGAAGACUGAUGAUUCAAAGCCCAAGAAGGCGAGAAAGGACGAAAAGGACCAAAAGAGUUUGGACCUGAUCUCCUUUUCCGUUUCAAUUCCUCGGAAAUCCACAAGUGAGACUAAAGACACUUCUUCGGAAACCCUUGAAGACGAAGAGGACAAGGUGACGCAGGUUUAUCUCAAUGCCGAUGGAGACAAUGAGCCUCCGCUAAAGAGAAGAAGGCGUAGCGUGAAGAAGCCAGCGAGCGAGUGA